UUUUGUUUCAGGAAGAUGGCAGAGGUGGCCAAGAGUGUGGUAAGAGAAGAAUCAGCAGGUGGGGGAGAGGAGGAGGAUGACGGGCCUAGUUUGGGUGAAAUGAUACAGGCAGAAUUGCUGACUCUUGGGGGCGGCUGGACCGGUAGCGACAACGGUUGGAGUACGGUAGAAGAAGUAGCCAAGGGUAUAGUGUCACCUCUUGGCCCCCAGGCUACCUCCAGCCCCCAGGCAUCGAGCCCCUCGGCCCGGAGCCCCUCAUCUCCCCCCAACGGGCAUGCGAAUGACCAACUAACUCCUAACUGUGUGCAGCUUGUAAUAACCCCUACCAGCCCCCCAGCAUCGCCACUGAGAUCCGAAGCCCCAGUCAUCACUAACGGCCACGUAGAGGAGGUCGCCAUCGACCAUGCCGAAUCAGUCGAGGACUGUGCCGAGACCGUUCACGAGGAAGUUUCUAGCUGUGUCGAAUCGGUCCUGGAGGAGGUGAUCGAACAGACUGUUCAGCGUCAAGUCGUCGAAACUACUGUCCAACGUCAAGUCGUCGAAACUUUUUUACAGCACGAGGUCGAUCAAACCGUCCAACAGCAGUUCGAUCUAAGCGAUGAACAACAGGUUGGCGUGAUUGGAUAUCAUCAGGUCGAACAGGUUGCCCAACAUCAGGACGAACAUAUUGUCCAACAUCAUGACGAACAGAUUGUCCAACAUCAUGACGAACAGAUAGCCCAAAAUAACAUUGAACUCGUCGAACAUCAUAAAUUCGAUGAGAAUGAAGUCAUGGAAUCAGUUACAACAGUUACAGAAAAAAAGAAAAAAAAGAAAAGUCUUGGAGGUGAAGAGGGAGGCGAAGAGUCUGUAACAGUUACAAAGAAAAAAACGAAGAAAUCAAAAAAGACUGAAGGAAAAGAAAAUCACAUUUCGAUAAAAUUAAACUACGUUAAUGAAGCAAGCAAAAGCUUUAAUGGGGAAACGAAAGCCACUACAGAGGUUCCCGUUCUUCCAGCUGUCCCGAUCAGAGAACUUAGACGCAGUUUUGGUGAUAUUCAUAAAGCAUGUGAGAAUACUGAUCCCAUUCAGUCUGACAAUUUGGUUAAUGAAAAACAGCUGCGGGCAAGGUCUCUUGGAGAUUUGACACGAAUCGACAAUCAGCGAAAAAUAGUGACUGGUGUGAAUGUCAAGGAAUUGGCUGCGCAAUACUGGAGGACUAUCUCAAUUGAGAACAAUAUCAACGAAAAGGAAAAGAGGAUUGGCCGAUUAGAUAAAUCAAGCUUCAGUAAAUUUGAUCAACUCAGCAAAAAAACAGUGCUUCAUGUACGAUCAUCAGACCCAGCUAAAGCACAAAAAACAUUCAGUCAGGGUUCUGCUGAUGGACAAGUUACUGUUAUGUGCAAGGCUUGCGAAAAAGCAGUGUUCGCCAUGGAACAGAUCAAAGCAGAACGGGCAGUUUGGCACAAAAACUGUUUCCGCUGUCAUACAUGCAACAAACAGCUAACGGUUGAUAUUUAUCAAAGUCAUGAAGGUGAAUUAUAUUGCAAACCUCAUUUCCGAGAGUUGUUCAAACCAAAAGUGGUAUUGGAUGAAGAAGAACCUGUGAGACGUCGUAAGCCAGAAAUGAUAAUAAGAGAAAAUCAACCACUUGAGUUGCCUCCUGAAGUUGUCAGAGCCAGUGACAAACCUGAUCUUGGAUUGGAAGAACUGGGACAAUUAAAUGUCAAGUCUCGAUUCCAAGUCUUUGAGAAGCAUGAUCAAACUGAUGGAGAGCUCGAACGUUCACCUACCACUGUUAGCGUAAAACGUUCCUCAUCUAUUCUCAGCAAAUUAGCAAAAUUUCAGAAGAAAGGUAUGGACAUUGGGGUGACCGAUGAUUCGCUAAAUGGUUUUGUUUAUGUAGAAUCUUCUUCCAGCGAAGAGGAAGAAGAAGAUGAAGAAAACGAGGAGGGAGAGGAAAAAGGUGUUGUAAAAUGUAGAAGGAAAGCUAGAGAAAGGCCAGUGAGCUUCAGUAAAAUGGACGAUGUGAAACGUAAUUGGGAAUCAGUUCAACAAUCCCAAAGAAGAGAGGAAAUGCGUGAAGAAAGAAAACAAGAGUUACAACAGAUAAGAUCUCGGCUCUUCCAGGGAAAGCAGGGAAAAAUGAAGGAACUGUACGAGCAAGCUGUUGCAGAAAGUGAAAAGUCAGGUGUAAAGAAAGAAGCUGGCGAAGAAAUUGUCACUGGCAGUGAGAAGGCUAAGGCUGUGAGGGAAAGGUUUGAAAAAGGAGACACUGGAGCUGGUGAAGGUGAUGGCUCGAAAAAAGCUGUAGAUGAGGAUAUGGCUGUGUUUGAAGAAGGAAUCUCAAAGAAGUCGAGGAAUAUAUUUUUAGAAAUGGAAGCUGCUGCUAAGUCUAACCCUAUUGUUCCAGGGCAGCACUCUCCUGCUCGCACAGAUUCUGUCAGAAGGCCUAGAGAGGCAUACUAUAAACGAGAAGUUUCGCAAUGUGAAGAUGUGGUGCGAAGCAGUGAUAAAGUUGAAGAUGUGAUGGCAGUAGAAACUGCUGAUCUCUCCACAAGAUUUAAAUUUUUUGAAACUUAUAAAGAACCUGAAAAACAAAAGAGAGCUUUUAGAAUCACUCCUCCAAGAGAAGGACAAGUCAAGUCAGAAUCCCCAGAAAGAGAGGUGUACCGUGAUCCCGAUGUAGUUCGUUGUGAUGAUAAACUAGAAGAUGAAUCAGCAAUCAAGAAAAGCCAAACAACUAGCAGGAUGCUUUCCAUGUUUCGACAACUAGAGGAACAAAAGGAGGUUCUACCUGAUGGUCCUAAACCAAAAAAAUGUUUUACACCCCCUCCCGACUAUAAGGGCAGUGAAAGUUCAGAGGAUGAAAGUGGUGAGGAGGAAGAGGAAUCUGAAGAAGAAGAGGAAGAAAGUGAAACUGAAGAAGGUGUGGUUAAAUCUUCCUACAAAGUUAAAGAUGAAUUUCUUGAACAGGCAAGGCAUGCUGCUAAGGCUAAAGAAUUAGCUGCUAAAUUUGAAUGUUGGGAACCAGAAAAGCAGUCAACGAAUAAUGCCAUUAACAUGCUAGAUUCAGAACAUGCCAGCAUCGAAUCAACAAAAUCGCUAAAGGCUCGCUUUGAGUCACUUCAGAACGAACAACCGAGGGAAAAAGCCAGACCAAAAGUUAACCGAUUUGUGGAAUUACCUGCAGCAACAUUGUGUGCAUACUGUGACAGCAAAGUUUACCCACUCGAAAGAAUAGAGACAAAUGGAAAGAUUUUUCACAAAGGUUGUUUCCGUUGCUCAUAUUGCAAUUGCAUUCUGAGGAUGGAUACUUACACUCUCAAUAACGGUCAUCUUUAUUGUCUUCCACACUUCAAACAGUUAUUUAUUUCUAAAGGAAAUUAUGAUGAAGGAUUUGGCACUGAUCAACAUAAGAGAAAAUGGGAACAUCCGGUGAAUGGAAAUACGAGCAGUUGA